AUGGAAAGAAAGGCUAAGAUUUGGGAGAGCCUGAAGACUGCAAGCGAAAGGCUUGAGAAAAAUGAUGCAGCUACAGCAGAAAGAUUCAUACAAAUGCUUGAGGCGCUGGGAAAGAUGGAUCCGGCCGCACUCAAGCGAUUUUUGGACUCUUGCCCUUGCCCAGCUGAAUCGGUCCACUGCGUGCUUGGAGCAGCGCUUGUGAUCAGUUGCUUUGCAGAGCCCAUUCCUCCCAUUCCUCCUAGUCUUGAUGAAGAGCAAAGUGAUGAAGAGCAAAAGUACGCAGAAUUAGUGAAGGAAGAUGAAAAAAAUAAGAACGAGUACGAAAGGCUAAGGUGCCAAAAGGAAGUUAAGCUUGUUGCAGAUGCUUUUGAGGCGGCCACUGGUAAAGUGGCCAUCAUCAAGUUUCAGCCGAGUCGGGAUGAGUUUUAUGAGCUCAUCGAAGAAUGGAUUAAGCUGAUGACUCAGCAGGCAGGGGAAGAAGGAAGCAAAGACUUCCUGUUUUACUAUGCUGGUAAUGGCUGUGAGUUUGACCGGGAUCGUGUGUUCCGGUUCAUACCAGCAGAUGCCAAGCGAACAGAGGACUACAUCCCACUGCCAGGCAUCAUAGCCAAGAUUGAAGCUGAGUCAAAAAUCACAGGCUGCAAAGUGGUCUUUGGAAUUGAUGCCUGUCGCAGCAACCUUGAGGACGAGGUCAGUGCGGACAUUCAGGAGCGUUGCCACAACAACGAGUAUCUUAGGUUCUUUUCAACUCCGUCUGGGCAUUCUGCAGCACAUGAUAUAGACGCUGAAGAGAGCCCCUUUGCUCGAACCAUGGCACAGUCCAUUCCCCGCAUCACCAGUAGCCAUGAGAUUUACGCUGUCCUGGAUCAGGCCAUGAAAGCGAUUCGCAAAGUGGAACAGCAAGAAGAACCAGUGGUGCAAUAUACAGACCGCCCGCGUUCAAGCAGCUCCAGUGCCAAGAGUGCUUCGGGCAUUUUAUCCUCUGUUUCUCUACUCCUUUCCAGCUUGAGGAAAUGGGGCUACAGCAUUUUUCCGACGACAUUAAGUGCAAAGCUUCCAGAUUUUGUGGAAGACAUCCGGAAAUCGCACAGGAGGAGGGUCAACCGUCACACUGCCCCAAUCGAGCAGCCCCGGUUUGUCAUCCUUGGCAACACAGGAUCAGCAGCUGCUGCGGUGGAAGAUUUCCAGAAAUAUGGUAUGGGGCCUCAUUACCUCAUCUCGGAAAAGGGUGAUUGCAUCCAACUGGUGGAAGAACAGUACAUGGCCUGGUGCUGCAAUUUUGCCUUCUGGAAGUCAGCGAAUAUUGGGACACCUAACGAUGUCCCCAACAGGAUCCCUGGGGUUGGCAUCAUCAAUGAAUUGAAGACCUAUGCCGUCUCCAUUAUUUUGGAAGGUGAUGGUGAAAAGCCAUAUGAUGAUAAGCAAUACACCACUCUUGUUUCUUUGCUCAGAGAAAUCAGAACCAGGUGGAAAGAGCAUGGUGGAUUGCCACCAUGGAACGUCCUAAGUGCAGGUGAGGUGGAACAACGGCCCCCUGAGUGUCCAGCACCUGGAAAGAGCUUUGACUGGAGCCGAUUGGUGGACGAAGGUUUCACCUUGGAGGUCAACGGGGCUCAGACGACUGGAGUGCCCGAAGGCUUAGGUUUUAAGGAUGCCCUGCAAUCCCGUUUGCGAGAAUGGGGUUACGAAUUUGGUGAUAGCAACAACAACACGGACCUCAUGAACCGAAUGCGUGCCUUUCGACAUCGCUACAUCAGGGGCCAGCCAAGUGAUCCGUUCCAGGUCGAAUUCUCAGAGCAAGAUUUUCGCACCAUCACUGAACUCUUGAGACUCAGAUCACUCAGAUCUGCCUCCAAAGCUGAGGUUUGACAACAGACGGGAUUCUGCACGCAUGCCACAGUAUCCUUCCCCUGUUGCCUCCAAGUUCGUACCCAGAAGUCACAAAUCUCCCAGCUGAUGGCUGUUCUUCUCCGCACUAGUGAGUCGCUGGUGUGAAAA